GUUGUAGCAUACGGGCCCUUAGGGUCGUUAGAAGUCGUGGCUUUUCCAACUUGUGAGUCUUGCCUGGAAGGCAAAAUGACUAAGAGGGUUUUUAGUUCAAAUAGGAAUAGAGCCGAAGAUGUGUUAGGGCUAGUUCAUUCCGAUCUAUGUGGGCCUAUGAGCGUUCAAGCGAGAGGUGGUUUCGAGUACUUCGUUACGUUUAUCGAUGAUUACUCGAGAUAUGGGUACAUUUUCCUUCUGCACCGCAAGUCUGAAUGCUUUGAGAAGUUCUUAGAGUAUAAGGCAGUUGUGGAGAAGCAGUUAGAAAAAAGUAUCAAUUAUAGUACGUUACCAGAUUCGUUUUGGGGAUAUGCUCUACAAACAACGGUGUACAUUCUGAAUAGAGUACCUUCUAAAUCAGUACCGUCUACACCAUUGGAGUUGUGGUCUGGGCAUAAGCCCAGUCUAAGGCAUCUCAGGAUUUGGGGUAGUCCAGCACACGUGCUGAGAACCGAUACUGAUAAGUUGGAACCGAGAACAGAAGUAAGGCUGUUUGGAGGAUAUCCUAAGGAAACGAAAGGUGGUCUAUUUUAUAGUCCCGAGGACCAGAAAGUAAUCGUUAGCACGAAUGCUAGGUUCUUGAAAGAGGACUAUGUCUUAGAUCAUAAGCCCAGUAGUAGACAUGUCCUCGAGGAGUUAAAGGUAGUGAGUACUUCAACACCGAGUGCGCUAGAUGUUACACCACAAAGUACUGCAACACGUAUUGCUGAUGAUGCACCUGAGCAGGUAGUACCUCGUCGUAGUGGGAGGGUUGUCCGGCAGCCCGAACGAUUCAUGGGUCUGGGAGAAUCUUCUAAGGCUGUCCCGGACGUUCUUGCAUCCGACCCAUGGACAUACAAUGAGGCACUCCAAGAUCGGGACGCAGAGUCUUGGCAAAAGGCGAUGAAAUAUGAAAUAGGGGAUUUGCAUCUUUUAAGUGUUCUUAAAAUUUAUUUUGUUUCGGUUUCAUAUUCAUAUGGGUUGAAUCUGAAGACUUUAAAUUUGGUUCGAAAUCCAGCAAUGAAUUGUUGGGAAAAUUUUCUAAUGUAUUAUAUCCUAGAUGCGAUUAUUGGACAUUCUUUCACUGUACUUAAAUCAUAUGUAGAAUGGGGUUCCAAUGAUGGGGUGAAUAAACUUGAUCUCAGAGAUUGGCUUCACUUCUUCAUUGGGAUUCUUGAUGUUGUGUCUUAUGAAGCUUCCUUUCUCCAUUUUUUUUGGCUUAGAAGCAUUGUUGCCAAUCAACAAAAAGUACUUAUUUGCAUAGAUAAUUGUGUGGUGCUAGAAACGUCCGAGAGUGAGACAUUCGCGACUCGCGACUUUGUCUCGCGAGUCGCGAGUUCAGCCACGAGUACUCUCGCGACUCGCGAGAUGAGGUCGCGAGUCGCGAGAUUCUGGCACUUAUGCCUCUGUCCAACUCGCGAAUCGCCAGCGGAAAUUCGCGAGUCGCGAGAUAAUGUCGCGACUCGCGAGACAAAGUCGCGAGUCGCAAGUUUGACAGAGCAAAAAUAUACAAAAAUCAUGUUGCGCGACUUCAUCUCGCGA